AUGUUGAACGUAACAGACAGCAAGAACGUCUACUUGCGUUAUCCUGGUGGCCUGCUCUUCAAGCGGUUCAUUCCCGACGUCUUUAAGCUAAAGCUCUACGCCUCGCCGAUAUGGUUCAUCGUGGGAAUCAUCGGUAACCUCAUCUCCUUUCUCAUUUGGGUCUCUCGGAGGCAGCGCGGCAAGAACAGUUCCGCGGUGUACCUCGCGACCCUAGCCCUGACCGACUUCUUGCUGACAAUAUGCCUCUUUACAGAGUACCUUCGCAUUUACUUCUUCCUCAGUUCGCCCCUCUCCGUCAAUGGAAUAUGCCAGCUCUUCCAGGGUGUCUUCCUCUUCCUCCAGUACUACUCAAUCGUCCUCACCUUUGGAUUCACCCUCGAGCGCUGGAUUGCCAUUUGUUAUCCCUUCAAACGCCAAAAGCUCUGCUCCACGACUAGAGCCCUUGUCGGCGUCUCCGUGCUGGCUAUCAUUGUCUCCGGUUUCUCGAUGUUCUUUGCAGCCACCUGGGAGGUGAAUCAGGGUGCCUGCAUCCUUGCGGACCGUUGGCAGGAGGACCGAGCGUUCGCAAUCUACCUGAGUGCCACUGAGUGCAUCUUUUCUCUUAUCGUACCAAUAGCCACACUUGUCUUCAACAUCCUUGUGCUUCGGGAAAUCAGCAACGUGGUGAAGUCGAAGAUGUUUGUUAGCCACGCUGACUUGCUAUCCAGACGCACCAAUCAGGCCCCGGUACCGCGCGCCGAGGCCAAUCAAACCGCUGGAGCUCCCCUGGUGAUCGGAGCUAAGCACAGCAGUGUCCACGCCAGUGCAAAGGAACAGGCCAACUUCCAGGCCGUCACUUUAAUGCUAGUAGUCCUCUCCUUCUACCUCAUUUUGUGCACCCUGCCAGUGGGAAUUGUCUUCGUCGUGCAGAUGCGGUUCACCGGCAUUCCCGAUGACCUUGACGACGAGGAGAUUCUGGCCAAUCCCGCGUGGCUACAGUACUUGCAAUUCAUGAAGGCCAAAGAGAUCAUUGACUUUGUGUGCUCAUCACACUACGCCUGCAACUUCAUCAUCUACAUUCUCACGGGCAAGAGUUUUCGUCAGCACCUGAAGGAUAUUCUGCUGUGCAGACAACAGACUCGAACAGACAUGAACUCGAUUCACCGGAAUGUGCCAUUGGUUAGAGGGAUUAGUAAGCGCUUUGGCUCCGCCGAUCCCCUAAUGCCUGUCGGAUCAAUACGAAUGCGGAAUUCCGCCGACCAAGCUCAGAUAAAUGGCACCAAGCCGGAUCAGGCCGAGUUAGGUCCAAAGGAGGUGACGUGA